UUCUUUGCAGCGCAGAUGGGUACCGAUUCAACUGCUCUUCAUUCUUGAAAGUUAUUGUGCCACUGCCAGUUGAUUUUUCACACAAUGCAACUGGUUUCUUGGAUUUACUUGUUGGCCCUUUCAUUGCCAGUGGUUAGAAGCGCGUAUGAGGUGGUCGGUCCUCCAGUUGGUCAGAAUGUUACAGAGUACAUGCAUGCUCGCCAGAAGCGACAUCAGUUGAUCUACAGGAAUGGGGGAACCAUCCGUUUGGUGGUGGGUCCCGUGCUGGCCACUCAGCUCGAGGAUCCCGUGGUGUGGCGCAGCAUGGUCUACUACUAUGUGUUGCAUUUCGGCGCAUUUACCCUGCCAUCAGCUCCACUUUACCCCUGGGACAAAUGGGAGACGAUAUAUGCCCGUUCGUUGCAGGAGAAGAUCAGGAGCUUGGAUGAGUCGCACGAGGACGACACACGGCUAUUUGUGUAUGCCAUCUUGGAAAACUACAUGGACCAAGUAAGUGGAUCGGUGGGCCGAGGUCGACACUGUUUGCUGCGGGGGAUCUGCGAAAAUGCCCAGGUGCAUCACCAUGUGGGUAUCAUGGCGGAGCUACUAAACGUUCUACUCACACCCGGUAAGACGCGUUUGGAUGUGUCCUACACGGAAGCUUUUGCGGCUGGCAAGGCUGGGAUUGAUUGCAUAGCUCACUACUCGGAUUGUCCAAGAGGUGAAAGUGUGUUGGAUGCCUAUGCUGUGGAUAUGGAUUAUUGAAAUUCCAGGAGCUUUGCGGGCAAAGUUUAAAUCUCAUAUAAUUGUUAAUCAAAAAUUGAUUUAAGUGAUCAGUUUACAACUGCAAUAAAUCCAGUUAAUUGAAUUUAUUGACUACCACUGAUAGCACUUUUCAGUAAG